UCCUUUCAACACCAAAGUCGAAGUUUCUUUUUCUGCAAGUUUCGUAAUGUCUACAUUUGGCGCCGUUUCCGCCAAUCAUAACCCUAACAAAUCAUUAGAGGUUGCGCAACCGCCCAGUGAUUCUGUUUCAAGCCUUAGUUUCAGUCCCAAGGCCAAUUUCUUGAUUGCUACUUCAUGGGAUAAUCAGGUGAGAUGUUGGGAAAUAUCCCGGAGUGGUACAGCUGUUGCUAGUACACCGAAGGCAUCAAUUACUCAUGAUCAACCGGUGUUGUGCUCAGCUUGGAAGGAUGAUGGGACGACAGUCUUUUCUGGAGGCUGUGACAAGCAGGUCAAGAUGUGGCCUUUAUUAUCUGGUGGUCAACCAAUGACAGUUGCCAUGCAUGAUGCCCCUAUUAAAGAGGUUGCUUGGAUUCCAGAAAUGAACCUCUUGGCCACCGGAAGCUGGGACAAGACAUUAAAAUAUUGGGAUACAAGGCAGCCUAACCCAGUACAUACUCAACAACUUCCUGAUCGAUGCUAUGCACUCACAGUGAAAUAUCCAUUGAUGGUUGUUGGCACUGCAGAUAGAAAUCUAAUUGUCUUUAACUUGCAGAAUCCUCAGAAUGAAUACAAGAGAAUCACAUCACCCCUUAAGUAUCAGACAAGAUGUGUUGCUGCCUUCCCUGACCAGCAAGGUUUUUUGGUUGGUUCAAUUGAGGGAAGGGUUGGAGUACACCACCUUGAUGAUGGACAACAGAGUAAGAACUUUACAUUCAAAUGCCACAGGGAUGGCAGUGAGAUAUAUUCUGUUAACUCGUUAAGCUUCCAUCCUGUACAUCACACUUUUGCCACUGCAGGUUCGGAUGGUGCUUUCAAUUUCUGGGACAAGGAUAGUAAACAGAGACUAAAGGCAAUGUCAAGAUGCAGCCAACCUAUACCAUGCAGUACUUUCAACAAUGAUGGAUCAAUAUUCGCGUAUUCGGUUUGUUAUGACUGGAGUAAGGGUGCUGAAAAUCACAACCCGUCAACAGCAAAAACCUACAUUUUCCUGCACUUGCCACAGGAAUCUGAAGUUAAAGGCAAGCCAAGAGUUGGAACAAGUGGUAGAAAGUGAAAGGGGUCAAGUAUUGUUUAGAAAAUGGCUGAACCCUAGAGGGAAAAGGUUUUGGCUCUGUAUUGUUUGGUUUUCUAGACAGGCCUUUGGUUCUUCUUCCCCUAUCAAGUGGAACAAUUAGGAUAGGAAUGUGUGCUGUAUGUACGUCAGGAAUCCCCCCCCCCCACUCGCGAAUAUUUUCUCUUUCUUUUUAGUUUAGAGCCAUAAU